AUGCCUGGGAUAUUCUUUUUUCCUGUUAUUGCUGCAGUAAUUCUGAAUUCUGUAGGGCUCAUUGUGAACCUGUUUAUUGCAGUGGUCACAUUCAAGAAUUGUGUCAAAAGGCUUAGACUCUCCUCUUCUGAUAGGAUCCUCUUCAGCUUGGCCAUUACCAGACUUCUUAUGCUGGGACUGUUUGUACUGAACAUUAUCUUCGUCUUCAUUGCUGAGUUUGCUGAAAGGUCAAUCUACGUGCCCAAGUUUUUUCUGCUGUGUUGGGUGUUUUUGGACUCAUGUGGUCUCUGGAUUGUGACCUUGCUCAACACAUUGUACUGUGUGAAGCUUACUAACUUCCAAAACUCAAUAUUUCUCCUGCUGAAACGGAAUCUCUCCUCAAAGACCCCCAGGCUGCUGCUGGCCUGUGUGCUGAUUCCUGCCUUCACCACUCUCCUAUAUGUUGUGCUCAGCAAAAGAUCUCUGUUUCCUGAAUCUGUGAGCAGCAUGAAUGGCACAGUAUUUAACAUCUAUGAAGAAAUGUCAUCUUUGAUGACCUUCUUGGUCCUGAGCUCAUUUCUCCAGUUCAUCAUUAAUAUAAUUUCUGCUUCCUUGUUAAUAAAUUCCUUGAGGAGACAUAUACAGAGGAUGCAGAGAAACACCACCAAGUUUUGGAAUCCUCAGACUGAAGCUCAUGUAGGUGCUAUGAAACUAAUGAUUUAUUUCCUCAUUCUCUAUAUUCCAUAUUCAGUAACUACCGUGUUCCCAUAUAUCUCUUUUUUUGAAAAGAUGAAUUUGGGAGCCAAAAGCAUUUGUUUUAUUAUUCCCAGCUUUUACCUUCCAGGACAUUCUGUUCUUAUUGUUCUCACACAUCCCAAACUGAAAGCAAAAGCAAAGAAGAUUUUUUGUUUCAACAAAUAG